CACCACAACUCCAUCAUUCCAAACAUGGCGCACCAAAAAACUGUGCCAUUCCCGCCUUUACUGCCGAUUCUGCUGAUCCUAAUGGCGUCUGUCGCCGGCGGCAUCGUGGUGGCAGAAGCUCGCCGUAGUCUCUUAAACCUCAACCCUCGGAACCCACCCCCACCCCCGCCGCUGCCAUCACUGCCUCCGGUGAGCGUCCCGCCGCUGCCAACACUGCCUCCGGUGACUCUCCCGCCGCUGCCAACACUUCCUCCGGUGACCCUCCCGCCGCUGCCAACACUGCCUCCGGUGACUCUCCCGCCGCUGCCAACACUUCCUCCGGUGACCCUCCCGCCGCUGCCACCGCUGCCAACACUUCCUCCGGUGACCCUCCCGCCGCUGCCAACACUGCCUCCGGUGACUCUCCCGCCGCUGCCAACACUUCCUCCGGUGACCCUCCCGCCGCUGCCACCGCUGCCAACACUUCCUCCGGUGACCCUCCCGCCGCUGCCAUCACUGCCUCCGGUGACUCUCCCGCCGCUGCCAACACUGCCUCCGGUGACCAUCCCGCCGCUUCCAUCACUUCCUCCGGUGACUCUCCCACCGCUGCCAUCACUGCCUCCGGUGACUAUUCCUCCAGUGAAUCUUCCAUUAGUGCCUCCAGUGACUCUUCCUCCGGUGAAUCUUCCAUUGGUGCCUCCGGUGACUCUUCCUCCAUUGAAUCUUCCAAGAGUUCCUCCACUCACUCUUUCCCCACUGAAUCUUCCAAGAGUGCCUCCACUCACUCUUCCAUUAUUGCCUCCGAUACGGCCAUAAACGACGGAGGACCACAUUUGAGCUAAAGCUCCAUGGCUUGCCGGCCGCCCUAUCCUAUAUCCUCUCAAAUACUCACUAUAUAUUAUGAUCUCAGAUCCCUUUGCUUUAUAUAAGUAUAUCUCUAUGGUAUACUACGUAUGAUGCAUAUAUAUAUAUAAUAUUUGGCUUUUACUUUGUGUGCCCAUCUGUAGUCCCUACUGUACGCACGUUUUAAUAUUGGAAUAAACGGCGAGCCACUUAUUAUAUCUA